GCAUAUGUAAAAGAUGGCAAACCAACUCGAUCUAACGGCUUCCGACAAAAGACAAAUUGUGCAAAAUUAUCUCAAACCCAAUUCAGCACAGUUCGACAUACUUUCAUCGACGGUUAUCAACUUGGAUGAGCAACGAACCGGUUAUUUAGGAGAUCAUUUCCUGCUAUCACUUACCGUACUAAUGAGUAACGGAGAAACCGAUCGCGUCGAACAAGAUAUCCAACUGUUCGUCAAAGCAUUACCCACUGCAAUUCCUACACUGGCAAUAUACCUGGAGGAAAUGAGAGCUUUCACAAAAGAAGCGCAGCUGUUUAGUCAACUGAUUCCACGGCUAUCAGAAUUCGGCAGAUUCUGCCCGGAGGCCGUGUUUGUAAAGGGUAAUAAUUUGAUUGUGUUCAAGAACGUCAAACUGGAGGGAUUUCGUGUAUUGAGCCAUAACGGCGGGCUGCUUGAUUUGGUUCAUUUGGAACAGGCUCUCAGGGCACUGGCAAGGCUUCACGCCACAAGUUUUGCGCUGGAAGCCCAACAAGGCAAGCUCAUUGUCGAGCAGUAUCCUGGGUUGUUGGAAGAGAAUUCAUGGCUGCUUGAAGAGAACUAUCCGCGAGUGACCGAAUUAGAAGGUGUUAUAGACGUGAUUUGCGCAAUAGUGGCACACUCGGAACAGAAUUCGAAACGAGUUGGGACUCUGAUCAAACUGCUGCCGAAUUGUGUACGGGAAAUCUACGAAUUGGUGAAGACAUCUCAGAUGUAUAGAAAUGUAGUCAGCCACGGAGAUCUUUGGAAUAACAACGUUAUGUUCCGUUACUCCGAUUCAGGAAUCCCGGUCGAGAGUUUGCUCGUGGACUAUCAACUAUCCCGGUACGUACCACCAGCUUAUGAUUUCAACAUGUUGACCACACUGACUACGACUAGUGAUUUCCGAAGUAAACACUACACGUUUCUUCAAGGUUACUAUUAUCAAUCUCUACGAGCGGAGCUGAAUCGUCAUAAGAUAGAAAUUGAGCGAAUGCUAUCACAAGAUGAGUUUCGAGAAUCGUGCCAGUACUACCGGAAGUCAGCAGCGAUUGAAAAUUUCAUUAUAAGUCACAUUACUCUGCUUCCGAAGAGUAUUUUGGAUGACAUUUUCUCCUCUGCAGAAAGUUAUGCCAAAUUUUGCGGGCAGGCUAAAAUUAAGAGGAUCUUGGAAACAUUUGACAAAGAACUAGACUACCGCACUCGUAUGAUAGACAUUAUUGAAAAUAUGGUCGACGUUUUUGGACUGGAAUUAAAAUAGAACUUCUUUCAAUCCUACUAUAUAAACAUUAUCUCAUAUAGUUUUGAAUAAGGAUCUGAAAAACUUUUUACGGAAGUUAUAUUCGUAUAUACUACUUACAGCUAAUCAAAACUCAAUGUCAACAUUAUCCUCCAGCAGCUUCCUGAGUUUUGAAUCUUGAUCGAGCUGUCCGGCACGGUUGGCUGGUUUCAACUUAGCCCGCUCGAUAGACUCUAGUGCCACCUUUCGGUGCGCAAUCUUUGCGCUGACCUCUGCCGUCUGGCUUGAUUCACUAUCCGACUCAGUAGCAUCGUCGUCAUCACUAACGGCACGACUCGUGGCAGUUGUGGCAGCUGUCCCAUCCACAACGGCAAGUAAAUCACGCUCCCGUCGUCGUUUCUCGACUAUUAGUAGCGAUUUGAGAAAGUCCCGACAUAGCAGACUGAUCGGAGCCAUCGUAUGGGCGGCGGUGGAGGCAAUCUGGAAAUAAUCAAGGAUGGGAAAAAAAUAAAGAUUACUCUGUCAGUGUCUGUUGCAGCUGUGUGUGAUUAUUGGUCCGGAGCAGACGGCGGAAACAGAUGCCCUCCUGCUGAUCAGCGUUGAUGGAACGAAUGUUUUGCAAAGUCACAUGUAUUUGCACACGCACGAGUAUUUAGAUCAAUUUAGUCGAGUUUGUCUUCUUCAUUGAUAAGUUACCGAAAUAUAAAUAAGAAAACCCAAAA